AUGGCGCUAUUGUUCGGACCUAUUGUGUUCUCGGCUGGCCUUGUGGCUUGCUGCAUUACGCACUUUUACACACCAUACCGCCGCCUGGACAAGCUGGCGCAUCCCGCAUAA